UUGUUUACAAGCAACAAGUAUUCCACCAUCUAUUCUGUAUACAUUGUAUAUUACCACGAUGUCGUUUACUUUGAGGGUCCGCCCACACCUUGCCUUGACAUGUACUAUCAGACUGAUAGCUUUAACAUCUGCGAUACGGUUCCUGGGUGAUAAAAGUGUAAGGUGUUUUAUACGUGACGUUUAGAGAGGAUUGAUGGUAUUGACCAGAAUAGGAAACUUUUCUGAUAUUUCCAGGAAGUAUUUUCGUGAAAUUCUCGUGUUAUUUCAGAAGCACGGUUCAUCCGUGAAGGGAAAAAUGUACAAGUUAUAUUUCCCUGUGAAAAAAAAAAACACACAGUGUAGUCUUUCCUUGUAAUCUGUAGAAAGCGGGCUUACGAGGAAUUUUAUUACAGCUGAUAAGAAAAUCAGAGAUCCUCAGUUAAUCUUACCUUGACACCACGUGACCUUUCUACUAAGAGGCCCGGCGAUAAGGACGACAAUCACACCAGUGCCAAUUUACACGAAGUUUGACUUUAGCCAUGUUCCUAUCCCUACUGGUUAUGGUGACUCUGGUCACGUGUGUAAACAGCAAAGCCGUUUUACCCAGUGCUAUAGACGAUGGGUUGGCACAGAAUUUCAAACCUUCCGGUUUGUCUUCCAAUCUGAACGGCUGUACUACUCUAUCGUCGCAAUGUCCGUCUGAGUGUACUGACGUAGACCCCCGGGGCUGUCUUGUCUGCUCAUGUCCAGACCAAACAGAUUCGAGCACCUCGAAAUUAACAGGAGUUACUAAAGCCAAUUCGAUGUCAGGUGCUGUCGGUGCGGUAUCCGGAAAUAACAAUGGAUGCCCUCCCUUUCCGAAGUCAUGCGCAGCAGCUUGUACCGAUAUAGAUGAAUGGGGCUGUAUCGUAUGUCGGUGUCCUGCAUCAACAAGUCUGACAAGUUCAAGUAGUAUCGGAUUGGGGAGUAGCAGCAGCUCUGGAAACAACAAUGGCUGCCAACCAUUCCCGAAAUCCUGUCAGACAGAAUGUACCAAAAUCAACCAAGUGGGAUGUAUCGUAUGCGACUGUUCAGCAAGCGCGACAUCAAAUACAACGAGUUCCGGUCAGACCGGAAGUAACUCCGGUGUCGGUUUCUCAUUAGGUGUUGCAUGUCCACCUUUCAACAAGAACUGUGACACAGCCUGUGUGGUGGUCGACAGUGUUGGAUGUAUCGUCUGCUCAUGUUCGGGCAGCACGGUGAACUCGACUUCCGGUCAUGCGCAGACAGCGGGCGGUGGUAGUGGAUGUCCAGUGUUGGACACCGGAUGUGACCCGGAGUGUGUGAGGGUGGAUAGUAGAGGGUGUAUCAGCUGUUCCUGUCCGACGGCAUGUUCCACGUCUGCUAAUGGCUGCCCAGUCAUUCCGAAGGAUUGUCCAGUAUCCUGUCUAACUAUCAACGCCGGUAGUGGAUGUGUUUUAUGUUCUUGCGGUGCAGUAACAACAACAGUUGCUCCUGUCGUCUGCCAUGGGCUAAACCUCCAGGAUUGCCAUAAAGAUUGUCUCCACCUGGAUGCCAAUGGCUGUGUCACGUGCUCAUGUUCUGGUUCUUCUAAACCUACUUCCGCCCCUACAACAGCACCAGCAACUGUCGCGCCUAUCAAUACUUCCGGUUCGACAGUUGUACACGCCACCACAGCUGUACCGACCAUGGUUACUUCCUUGGUUACACCCUUAACAACACUACAUCCUACGGCAGCCCCGGAAACAAAACCUGAUCCAACUGCACAAUCGUCGACAUCCGGAAGUGGAAACAACGGGGGCUGCCCUGCGUUCAGUAUAGAUGAUUGUGAUGCAUCAUGUGUAGAAAUAGAUAUAAUCGGUUGUCUCUCGUGCAGGUGUGUCACAGCAUCACCUGGACAGAAUACACAGUCGCCCUCUGGUGGAGGUCAGACAAUCCCAGGAAUCUGUGGACCAUUUGACACAGAUACGUGUGACCCCUGCCUGUGUGACGGUCCAUGGAAUGGAACCGUUCCCAUUUCGACAACGCCAUCUAGUGGCGGCGGAAAUGUACAUCCGGGUGGUUGUCCAUCAUUUGACCCCAUGACUUGUCCUGCUGACUGUGUACAGAUGGACGACCGUGGCUGUAUAUCGUGUACAUGUACUUCAGACACUCCUAUCGGAUCAACCACUCCAACGCCAUCAUCAGAUCCCUCUGGUGGGGGAAAUGUACAUCCGGGCGGUUGUCCAUCAUUUGACCCUAUGACCUGUCCUGCUGACUGUGUACAGAUGGACGACCGUGGUUGUAUGUCAUGUACAUGUACUACAGAUAUUCCGGUUGGAUCAACAACAUCAUCCCCUGGUGGAGGAAAUGUCCAUCCGGGUGGUUGUCCAUGGUUUGACCCUACGACCUGUCCAGCUGACUGUGUACAUAUGUACAAUCGUGGCUGUUUAUCGUGUACCUGUACUUCCGGCGUUGAUACUAAUAGGCCAACAACGCAACCAUCGACUACAGCAGCAAUAGUAACAAAACCGUCAACUGAUGCGCCCACCAAUGCGCCUGCGGUAACAAAAUCCUCAACACUGGCACCUGUUCCUACAUAUACGCCCACACAAGGCGCAAUCGUCACUCAGGCGCAUGUUGUCACGCCUGCGCCUACUGAUACCACAGUACUCUGUCCGCCCGUCCGUUGCUCGGCGCCAUGUAAUCUCGGUAUCCUGAUUGAUAAAAAUGGAUGCCCUAAAUGUAGAUGUAGCGCAUAAAUAUUCUGUUCACUGGCUAUAUAAGAUAUUAUUUAUUUAAUAAAAAUAUAACACAUUCCAUGUUUUCAUAUCAAUAGUGCUAUUUCUGCCUCGUAUCUGUUUCAGAACUUUGAAUAUGAUUAGAAAUAUUGAUUUUAACAACAAAAUCAUACUGUAACGUUAUCAUAUGAUGUAGUGUAAAUGUUGAUUUUCUUCGUCGAUCUAGAUUGUGACUAUAUGUUUUUCUGAGACGCAAAAUUAUCAAUACGUCAUGUUUGCAUUAUAUGAAUGCCAAGCAGGUAUAUCAAUUAUUCUUAACACUUGAAUUGAUUACAUCUAUUUAACAAAGCUAGAAUAUGUUUCCUCCCAUUUUCUAAUAAUGCGAUUGGUUGAAAUAAUCAACGAAAUAUUUCUAGAGAACAACAAACACGUGACAGAUCUUAUAACGUUACUUGAAUGAGGGUUUGUUUGAUAUACCGGGGCGGGUAGUCUUUCUGCAGGU